CAUCGGACCCUUAGCAAAAUGGCGACAGGCAGCUCAUUCUUGUGACAUUUUCUCUUUAAAGUGCAUUUAGUUGUGAUUUUUCGAACACUUUUUAUGUUAAUAUUUCAAGUAGUGUAUGUUUGAACUAAAACAAUGAGCGAAUGGGCGGGAUUUUCAGAAGACGAACUGCGAAGAAUGCAGCAUAAAGAAUCUAGGCUCGCCAACGCUCGCAAGUCGAGACCGGCCAGCCGGGGUUUGCAUCAAAGUCACCGGGAGAGAAAUUUGCACCGGGUGGCUGAUGAAAGUGCAGGGUUGUGUUCUACUGGACUACCGCCGGACCAGCAGCUCAAUAAAGUACCAAGCAGGGACGAAGCCAAGAUGGCUCCUGCAGCUCCAACUGUCAAAAAGGAAGAAAUGACACAUGACAAGUGUCGUGAAGAUGUAGUAGAGGAACCACUUCCGGAUGUGAAGGAGCUGGAUAAACAACAGAUUCAACUCCGAGACCAGGCUCGCCUGGAGCAACUGCAACAGGAACAGAAGUCGAUGGAAGAGAUGAACAAGCGCAAGAAGGCUCUGCUCACCAAAACCAUCGCUGAGAAGUCCAAACAGACUCAAGCUGAGGCUGUGAAGCUGAAGAGAAUCCAGAAGGAGCUGCAAACCCUGGAUGACAUGGUUUCUAACGACGUCUGCAUUCUGAGAGGAAGGAUCGAUGAAGCCAGCUGGGACUACGCCACCGCCAGAAAGCGCUACGAGAAGGCAGAGACGGAGUACGUGACGGCCAAGAUGGACCUCCACAAGAAGUCGGAGGUGAAGGAGCAGCUGACGGAGCAUCUCUUCGCCAUCAUCCAGCAGAACGAGCUGCGUAAAGCUCACAAGCUGGAGGAGCUCAUGCAUCAGCUGCAGGCCACCGAGGAGGAGCUGGAAAGGCAGAGGGCGGAAGACGAGAAGACAUCUGAGCCACCGAGACCUCAGGAGAACGGCGUCACGGACAAUCAGGAGACAACGGCGCAGUCUGGACCUGCACAGGAGGAACAUCAGGAGGAGGAUGGCGGCGUUAAUGUGGAGCACCGACUCCCCGACCAAACUCAGCCUGAGCAAGAUUUCCAAACAGCGCAGACGUGACUUGUGUCACUUUUAUGGACGUUUUAAGCAUACUUGUACAAACCCUGUUUCCAUAUGAGUUGGGAAAUUGUGUUAGAUGUAAAUAUAAACGGAAUA